AAUUUAAGAGUUAUAAAAUUAUACAGAAAUUCUAAAAAAUUAUACAUGAAAGGUUCUAAGAAAAAUUUUUCACCAAGACGCAAUGACAGUAAUAUAAAAAAGAUUUUUGUUGUUGAUAUCGAUUGAGUCAUCUCUGUAGAGAUGCUUUACAAAUAAUUAGAAUUUACUCUUAUGGUCACGUUCAAGAUGCUUCAUAUUUUCAUCAUGUUCAAAAUCUUACUUUUAAGCCUUUGGAAUGGCUCACGACUUUCAAAUAAAAUUCACAAGUAGUACAAAAGUAAUUUUCUUAUUAUUGCUCUAACAGGGAUUUUGGUAAACAAGAAUGCUAAUGUUAAACCAGAAAAAUAUAGGGACGUUACCGUACGCGAUUUUUACUUGAAAACUAAAUUAUUUCAGCAAAUAAAUACAUGUAAUUGUAUUUUCAUCGAAGUAAUUUGAAGAAAUAUUAAUAUUAUAAUAAUAAAUAUCAAUAUUUUCCGAUGCCAAAGACAUUGUUUUUUUCAUGCCUGUAAAAAAACUUAACUUAACCUAACCUAACCUAAACCUGGGCACGCGGCAUUGCGCGGUCCUGACGUCCUGACGGUCUGCGCGGCACGUUCAUGUUGGUUCGUGCACGUUCAUGCAACCCAUUGUACUUGAGAAUAGUCAGUAGUUUUGUGGUUUUGACAGUAGAAUCGUGAGUUUGACUCUCGCAUUUUUGGAAUCAUGGAUAAAGAAAUGAGUAAUGACGACGGUAAGAAAGCCGUGAAAGAGCAGUCGCGGUGUUUCGUCUGCGACGCCGAGGUCCUCGGUCGCUUCUACGCCUUGGCCACGUGCAGAACACAAAGCUCGCGGACCAGGGUAAUCGAGAAACUCGGAGAAUUAGUCGGCGAGGGAUACAUGGUCGUGAUAUCCGAGGAUGACGUGAUAUGCCGCAGCUGCGGCAUCCUCGUUAAUACUCUUGAUCGACUGGAAACGGAAAUGCGCCAAGCACAAAACUACAUUCUACACUUCUUGGAGAAAAAGUAUUCCCUGGCGGAUGGGGAACUACGUGGUUAUGGUGACAAACCGAAGCCUUGUCAACCGCCACAGAUCACGAGGUCCGAGACGACAGAGACCUGCGACUUGAAUUCACUGGGCAAAAAGAUACUGACGAAAUCUCAGAUCUGGCUGCAGUGCAACAAGUGUAAAUACACCACGCAUCAUGAUUCCUUCAUGAUGCAUCACAUGAAAGAUCACAACGAGGAAAGGGCAGCGGACGAGCACAUCUUCGAGAGCCAGCAGGAAAGUGAAAGACAUAGUUACAGCAAAGUGAAUGACUUGGAGAACAAGGAGAAUGAAACAGAUAAUUCUGACAUUGUUAUCAAGGAUGAUAAAGCGAUGGAGGUUACACUUUUGGAGCCGAUUCAGUCAGUUUUUCCUAUUACUCAAUCUACCUCACCACCACUGUUGGAUUUAUCAAAUUGUAAUCAUUUAUAUGCUUCUGAUACGUUACCAGCGAGUGUUUCUACCUUGUCCCAAGAACAAAUGUAUGUUCUGCAACCAAUUGACACAGCUGAUAUCGAAAACUUGAAGAAGAUGACAAGAUUGGACUCUGAGCAGAAAAUGGAAGUGAAGAGCGAAAAUAGAAAACGGAUAACCUUGAAAGAGGAUGGAAGUCUAGAAUUGGUGGAGAUGCCUUGGAACGAGACAGAAGGAUCAAACACCAUCGACACGACAAUGGUGUUUGAUUAACUGUGCAAAAAUCAAAGGCACUUUAGUAUUACAUUUGGUUGCUUUAACUGUUGAAAAACUCAGUGUAAUAUACAGAAAUUUAUUAUAAUUCUAAUGUUAUAAAUGAAGUAACUUUAUUCGUCAUACUUGGAUUUCCGCAUGACACUCGCGAUGAUGUUUAUUUUGCUGAUCAAAGCUGUGUCAUGUUGACAAUACAUCGAUGUCAAUAGACUCACGGUUGGAAAAAUCACAGUUUCUUUGACACUUGUCGGUUGACACUGAUGCAUAUCGAAAGUGUGUCUAAAGUUGUUUAAAAACAUUUUUUAAGUGCAUGCUAUACAUAUAAUACACAUGUUUUGGGAUACAUAUUGAUCCCGUUUUUUACUAAAAGAACAUAUUCCGA